CCUGCCCUCCGUGCGUUUCCUCUCGGCGCCGCGGACUUUAACGGGGCUCUGAGGGGACGUGACAGAGCUCGGCACGCGGCGGCCUCUGGGGAGUUAGGGUCCGGAGAGACCCGCGCGUCGCCCCCCGCCCGCCCGGGGCCGGGAGAUCCUCGGGAGCCGCCUCCGCGUGUCCAGACAGUGUCGGGGCGGCCGCCACUUCCCCUCGCCCUUCGCCGGAGGAAUCUUCCGAUAAUUCUGCCGCCGCGACUUUAACCGUGCGCAAGGCGACAGCUCGAAACAAACAUCACAUCUAAAUUAAAAAAAAAAAAAAAAAAAAAAGCGGAAGAAGCGGCCGAGGCGGCGGCGGCGGGAGGAGGAGAGGAGGAGGGGCCGCGCGCGGCGGCCCGAGGCGGCGGCGGGGACGCGGGGACGCGAGGACGCGGCUUUGUGCAGGCGGGUCGCGGGGCGCCCAUGGCGGAGUGCGGCCGGGGGGGCGCCGCCGGCGGGGCCCUGCCCACCUCCCCGGGCCCGGCCCUCGGCGCCAAGGGCGCCCUGAAAGCCGGAGUAGGGGAAGGCGGUGGCGGGGGAGGUCGCCUCGGCCACGGGCGGGGGCGCUAUGACAGCGGCGGGGUUUCCAACGGAGACUGCAGCCUCGGCGUGUCCGGGGACGAAGCCCGGGCUAGCCCUACCAGGGGACCCCGCGGCGUUGCGCUCGCCCCGACCCCCAGCGCGGUCGUCUGUACCCUCCCCCGGGAGAGCAAGCCGGGCGGCCUGCCCCGCCGGAGCAGCAUCAUCAAGGAUGGUACAAAACAGAAGAGGGAACGGAAAAAGACAGUCUCAUUCAGCAGCAUGCCAACAGAGAAGAAGAUCAGCAGUGCAAGUGAUUGUAUUAAUUCAAUGGUUGAGGGUUCAGAACUCAAAAAGGUUCGCUCCAACUCUAGGAUUUAUCAUAGGUACUUUUUACUGGAUGCUGACAUGCAGAGCCUAAGGUGGGAGCCAUCUAAGAAGGAUUCUGAGAAAGCCAAGAUUGACAUUAAAUCCAUCAAGGAAGUGAGAACAGGAAAAAACACAGACAUAUUCCGCAGCAAUGGCAUUUCUGACCAGAUAUCUGAAGAUUGUGCGUUUUCCGUCAUAUAUGGAGAGAAUUAUGAGUCACUGGAUUUGGUUGCCAACUCCGCAGAUGUUGCAAACAUCUGGGUUACGGGACUGCGGUACCUAAUUUCUUAUGGAAAACACACACUUGAUAUGUUAGAAAGUAGCCAAGAUAACAUGAGGACUUCUUGGGUUUCACAAAUGUUUAGUGAAAUCGAUGUAGAUAACCUUGGACAUAUAACUCUGUGUAAUGCUGUGCAAUGUAUCAGAAACCUCAAUCCUGGUUUAAAAACGAGCAAAAUUGAGCUUAAGUUCAAAGAAUUGCAUAAAUCAAAGGACAAAGCUGGUACCGAGGUCACAAAGGAAGAAUUUAUUGAGGUUUUUCAUGAGCUUUGUACUAGACCUGAAAUUUAUUUCCUUUUAGUUCAGUUUUCAAGCAAUAAAGAAUUUCUUGAUACCAAGGACCUUAUGAUGUUUCUUGAGGCAGAACAGGGUGUGGCACAUAUAAAUGAGGAAAUAAGCCUUGAAAUUAUUCACAAAUAUGAGCCAUCCAAAGAGGGUCAGGAAAAGGGCUGGCUCUCCAUAGACGGGUUUACUAAUUACCUUAUGUCACCUGACUGUUAUAUAUUUGAUCCAGAACACAAGAAGGUCUGUCAGGAUAUGAAGCAACCUCUGUCUCAUUACUUUAUAAACUCAUCUCAUAAUACAUACUUAAUAGAGGAUCAGUUCCGAGGUCCCUCCGACAUCACAGGAUAUAUUCGAGCUCUUAAAAUGGGUUGCCGGAGUGUUGAAUUAGAUGUAUGGGAUGGGCCGGACAAUGAACCUGUAAUUUACACAGGCCACACCAUGACCUCUCAGAUAGUUUUCCGCAGUGUCAUUGAUAUUAUUAACAAGUAUGCAUUCUUUGCUUCAGAGUAUCCUCUUAUCUUGUGUUUAGAAAACCACUGUUCCAUUAAACAACAGAAGGUAAUGGUUCAGCACAUGAAGAAACUUUUAGGAGACAAGCUCUAUACAACAUCACCCAAUGUUGAGGAAUCUUAUCUACCAUCCCCAGAUGUCCUGAAAGGUAAAAUACUAAUUAAAGCAAAGAAGCUGUCCUCAAAUUGCUCUGGUGUAGAAGGAGAUGUUACUGAUGAAGAUGAAGGAGCAGAAAUGUCUCAGAGGAUGGGAAAAGAGAACGUGGAGCAACCCAACAAUGUGCCUGUGAAGCGAUUUCAGCUUUGUAAAGAACUGUCUGAACUGGUCAGCAUCUGCAAAUCAGUUCAGUUCAAAGAAUUUCAGGUGUCAUUUCAGGUUCAGAAGUACUGGGAAGUCUGUUCCUUUAAUGAAGUGCUUGCCAGCAAGUACGCCAAUGAAAAUCCAGGGGACUUUGUAAAUUACAACAAACGUUUUCUUGCUAGGGUUUUUCCCAGUCCAAUGAGAAUUGAUUCCAGUAACAUGAACCCUCAAGAUUUUUGGAAAUGUGGUUGCCAAAUUGUAGCCAUGAACUUUCAGACACCAGGACUGAUGAUGGACCUGAAUAUUGGCUGGUUUAGGCAGAACGGAAACUGUGGCUAUGUCCUCCGGCCAGCCAUCAUGAGGGAGGAGGUCUCCUUCUUCAGCGCCAAUACAAAAGACUCUGUCCCAGGGGUCUCACCUCAACUUCUUCACAUUAAAAUCAUCAGUGGGCAGAACUUUCCCAAGCCCAAAGGAUCAGGUGCCAAAGGUGACGUGGUGGAUCCUUAUGUUUAUGUUGAAAUCCAUGGAAUCCCUGCUGAUUGUGCAGAACAAAGGACAAAAACAGUGCACCAGAAUGGAGAUGCUCCCAUUUUUGAUGAAAGCUUUGAAUUUCAAAUCAACCUGCCUGAACUGGCCAUGGUGCGCUUUGUAGUGCUGGAUGAUGACUACAUUGGGGAUGAAUUCAUUGGCCAGUACACAAUUCCCUUUGAAUGUUUACAGACGGGCUACCGCCAUGUCCCCCUGCAGUCCUUAACUGGAGAGGUCCUUGCACAUGCUUCUUUAUUUGUCCACGUGGCUAUUACUAACCGAAGAGGAGGAGGGAAGCCUCAUAAAAGGGGCCUUUCUGUGAGAAAAGGGAAGAAAUCCAGGGAAUAUGCAUCUUUGAGAACAUUGUGGAUUAAAACUGUGGAUGAGGUAUUCAAAAAUGCCCAGCCCCCUAUACGGGAUGCCACAGAUCUGAGAGAAAACAUGCAGAAUGCGGUGGUGUCAUUCAAGGAGCUGUGUGGCCUCUCCUCUGUGGCCAAUCUCAUGCAGUGCAUGUUGGCGGUGUCUCCCCGCUUUCUGGGGCCUGAUAACACACCCCUAGUGGUCCUGAAUCUCAGCGAGCAGUACCCCACAAUGGAGCUGCAGGGAAUUGUGCCGGAGGUUCUGAAGAAGAUCGUAACAACUUAUGACAUGAUGAUUCAGUCCCUCAAGGCGUUGAUUGAAAAUGCAGAUGCUGUAUAUGAAAAGAUCGUACAUUGUCAGAAGGCAGCCAUGGAAUUCCAUGAACACUUGCACAGCAUAGGCACCAAGGAAGGUUUGAAGGAAAGAAAACUACAAAAAGCAGUGGAGAGCUUUACCUGGAAUAUUACCAUCUUAAAGUGAGCUAGGAGAGGUGGCAGCGCUCCAGGCAGAUGGCCAGCAGUAAACACACAGCAGGAGGCUCCCAGUGGCACAAAUGCUUAGGGAGGGUCUCAGAUGACCCCGGAAAUGCAGAGAAGAGGAAAUGAAGGAGGAAGCCAGGAAGACUGCUGAAGGAGCUCUGAAACAGGCCAAGGCUUGAGAAUUACCUGGGAUGCUUAAACAUGCCCUCUCCUAAGCCUCACCCCAGACUUCCCAGACCAGAAUCUCCAGGCUUGGAACCCAGGAAUCUGCUUAUUUAACAAGUUUCUUAGGGGAUUCUGAGGCACACUAAAAAAAAAACCUUAUUAUUGUCGUCCUAGAAUCAAAAGCUUUCCUGAUGCAUCACCAUAGUCGUUUGAACCAUAAGGAGGUAGGGUGGCCAGCCAUCCCAGAAGCAAGACAUUCAGUGCUAAAACCAGGACAAUCUGGGCAAACUGGGACCAUUGAUCACCCUGAGAGGAGUUCCUGCCACUAAAAAUGUCGUUUUAUUGAAGGAUAUCUGUCCCAGUUUUUAUGAAUCUUUACUUGCGUAGUUUCGUUUUUUUUAAUUUUGAAGGUUCUUUUAAAAUUCAGAAAUGAACAAAGAAGAAAUAAAGUCAUCUAUAACUGCCACACCCAGAAUUAUCUACUAUUAACAUCUUGGCAUACUUACUUCCAGUCAUUUUUUUUCUUGAAUAAAAAAGCAUUCAUUUGUUGUUAUAAAUCUAUCUUUUUUAAAAUAGAAAAAUGUUUUUAAAUGACCCAAGAUUCUCCCUCUGAGAAAUAACCAUUAUUAGACAUAGGUGACCUUAUUCCAGGAACCUUUCUAUAUGAAUAUGUCUGGAUGGAUCAGUAUAUAUUUUAAUGAUUCUAAGUCAUACUUUUUUUCACACUUUCGGUAUCUUUGAAAUUAGCAUAUAUCUUAUAGUCCAUGGCAUCUUUGCAUUAUAUCCUGGUUAAAUUGGCAAUGAUUUUUAUUUCUUAGUGCUACAUAAAAU